GAAGCACCGCCUCCGCCCGGGUGUCUAGCUCGUUCUCGCGCCUUGGUUCAGGGGCGCGCCCACGGUAGCCCCCUAGGCGCGCGACCCAGCUCCGUGGCGUCGCCCGGCGAGAAGGCUCUGUCACGCAGGCGCGUUCGCGCGGCGUGGGCGGCGGCAGAGGCGUCCCCGGCUUCCUGGAGGGCCCGGGGAGACAGCGCAGCCGCCAUUUUGUCUAGGGCUUGUAGCUGCGGCUCGGGACGGGGGAGGUGGAGGCUGGGCUGUGUCGCUCGUCCGGAAGACCCUUGGGUUGCACCGAGAUGCGGCAUUCAAAACGAACUCACUGUCCUGAUUGGGAUGGUAGGGAAAGCUGGGGUCAUGAAAGCUACAGUAGCAGUCACAAACGCAAGAAGAGAUCCCACAGUAGUACGCAAGAGAACAGGCACUGUAAACCACAUCUACAGUUUAAAGAAGCAGAUUGUCAUUAUUUGGAAGUAAGAUCCUUAAAUGAGAGAGAUUAUCGUGAGCGGAGAUAUGUUGAUGAAUACAGAAAUGACUACUGUGAAGGAUAUGAUCAUAGACAUUAUCAUAGAGACUAUGAAAGCAGUUAUCACAACCACUGCAGUAAAUCUUCAGGCCGAAGCAGGAGAAGUAGUCCAAAAAGGAAGCGUAAUAGACAUUGUUCAAGCCAUCAAUCACAUUCGAAGAGUCACCGAAGGAAAAGAUCCAGGAGUAUAGAGGAUGAUGAGGAGGGUCACCUGAUCUGUCAAAGUGGAGACGUACUAAGAGCAAGAUAUGAAAUUGUUGCUACUUUGGGUGAAGGAGCUUUUGGCAAAGUAGUAGAGUGCAUUGAUCGGGAUAUGGAUGAUACGCAUGUUGCAGUGAAAAUUGUAAAAAAUGUUGGUAGAUACCGUGAAGCUGCUCGUUCAGAAAUCCAAGUAUUGGAGCAUUUAAACAGUACUGAUCCCAAUAGCGUGUUCCGAUGUGUCCAAAUGCUGGAGUGGUUUGAUCAUCAUGGUCAUGUUUGCAUUGUAUUUGAACUGCUGGGACUCAGUACUUAUGAUUUUAUUAAAGAAAAUAGUUUUUUGCCAUUUCAACUUGACCAUAUCAGGCAGAUGGCAUAUCAGAUCUGCCAGUCCAUAAAUUUUUUGCAUCAUAAUAAGUUGACCCAUACAGAUCUGAAACCUGAAAAUAUUUUGUUUGUUAAGUCUGACUAUGUAGUCAAGUACAAUUCUAAAAUGAAACGUGACGAACGCACACUGAAAAAUACAGAUAUCAAAGUUGUUGAUUUUGGAAGUGCAACUUAUGAUGAUGAGCAUCACAGCACUUUAGUAUCUACACGACACUACAGAGCUCCAGAAGUCAUUUUAGCACUGGGAUGGUCUCAGCCCUGUGAUGUUUGGAGUAUAGGCUGCAUUCUCAUUGAAUAUUAUCUUGGUUUCACAGUAUUUCAAACACAUGAUAGUAAAGAACACUUAGCAAUGAUGGAACGGAUAUUAGGACCUAUACCAACACAUAUGAUCCAGAAAACAAGAAAACGCAAAUAUUUUCACCACAAUCAGUUGGAUUGGGAUGAACAUAGUUCGGCUGGUAGAUAUGUUAGAAGACGUUGCAAACCAUUAAAGGAAUUUAUGCUUUGUCAUGAUGCAGAACAUGAGAAUCUAUUUGACCUGGUUCGAAGGAUGUUAGAGUAUGAUCCAGCCAAAAGAAUUACCUUGGAUGAAGCAUUACAACAUCCUUUCUUUGACUUAUUAAAAAAGAAAUGAAAUGUACAAUCAGUGGUCUUACUAUAUAACUUCUCUAGAGGAGAUUACAUAAGACUGUGUCAGUCAACUAAACAUUCUAAUAUUUUUGUAAACAUUAAAUUAUUUUGUACAGUUUAAGUAUGUAAAUACUGUAUGUUUUGUAUCAAUGCCAUAUUUAUCUUGUUAAGCAAGUAUGGUCUUGAUAAUGAAUGUUAAUGUAAAAAAAUUAAAGUUAAUUUCCAUUUUUAAAAAAAUUAGUUACCAUUUUUAGAGGUCUUUGGCUUGGUAACAUUUGUCCAGUGUUCAUGUUGAUCUUGUUUUCUUUGUAAAUGGAGGUUGACCCUUUCAAGUGAUCUUUCUGAGCAAAGGGUGAUCUUGGCUACUUUAUUUUUAAAUGAAUAUUCUUUAUCAAAAUUUGGAAUGUGAACCUUUUUUUAAACCUUUAAAACUUCCUAUGAUUGUUAGCAAAUAAGUAUUGCUUCGAUGUAGCGAAGCAGAUUUUUGCACUCUUAUAUGCCAAUGGUUUCUAAUUCUUAGGGAAUAUUCUCCUUUAUAAUAGAAUAUGUUUACACUUGACAUUUUAUUAAAUUGAAAUUUUUGUAUCUAGUAAAAGAUAACAUUGGCCAUGGUGAAAUUCUGCAAGAAGUAGAAAAGGCUUCCAGAUUGUCCAGUAUUCAUUUUAAUGGAAAUAUGUAUAUAUAUAUGCCCUCUCUGUUAUAACAUGAUAAUUUAUUAAUUAUCCCUCACUAGGGUACAAAAGUGGAGAUGAAAGAAAAGCUAAUUUUAGCACUUUUUAGUUGGGCUUCCAGAUGAAAUCUUAAUGAUUAAAACAUUGGAACAAACUUGUGCCAUCAGGGAAGGAAUUUCCAUUGGAAAUUAUGUAUGGAAUAAGCACAGGGAUGGGGACUAGUACCCUACUAAGGAAUUUAGUAAUCUUUUCUGUCCAUCUUCAUAUCUGUAAAAUGAAAGACCAUAAAUACCUCAGGAACUUAUUGUUAACCCAGGGUAUUAAUAAGCAGCUAAUAUUACUUAACAAGGUACUAAAAUUUUCUGAAAAUUAAAAGGCAUAAUUGGAAAACUUUUAACAAGAUACUAAGUCACCUCUGUAAAAUUCAGAACUUAGAUGGUUAGUAAAUACUCUUGUUAAAGAUGUAAUUUGAAUGUUUUAUGAAAGACUUAAGGGCCACUAAAAUCUUAAAUAAUCUUAGUUGAUUAAAUUUAUCUAUUAACAUAAUUACAUCUUCUACCAGGUAGCAAUUUAUUUUAGUCUAGCAUUCAUUAAAAACUUGAUAUGAUUGCUCUUUUAGAAACAAGGCUUUUUUUUUUUGCAAUUGAUACUCAAAUGCUUUGCUAAAUUUUGGAAGUUCUAUAUUGACAUUAAAACAAUUUUUUUAUACUUGCUUUUAUAUUUCUAAUAAAUUUUAGAUGUAUACUGUAUGAAGGAAGUUUUUUAGAAUGGCAAAAAAUAGUAAAGCCCAGAUAGUUUAAUUUUCCAAUAUUACAAUUCUGUUUCUUAAAAUUCAACCACUUCAGUUGCACUAUACUGCCAAAUGGAAUUUGGCUACUCUACAAAAAUAUAUCAACUAAAGUGUUUUCCUUUUCUCUGCCCAUCUCAGUUUUUUGAAGCUGACGUUUUUCUUUUUUUUUUUAACAGUUUCCAGGGAAACAAAUUUUAGUGGGGGGGGGGUAAUAAAAUUAUUGGCUAGACUAUGUAGGUUGUAUUAUCUAGAUUUCAUUGCCAUUGUCCUUAUUGCUGAAGGAUGAAUUCUAUGAAAUAUAAACUUAAAAUAUUUACCUAUAAACCAGAUUUCAUUUAAAUCUGUUAAAUAUUGCCAAAAUUCUCUGUCAAAUAAUGUUUCAAAAUGCAGACUUGAAACUCAAACUUGUUAUACUUGUCUUCUUGAAGUAUAUACCAAAGUUAGUUGAAAAUUGGACUUCUCCCAAAGUUACUGAAGAAACUGUUAAAUAUGAAACUGGAGUCAAAACACCAAUACCUACUAUUAGAAUAACUAAUUGAAAAUUGACUGUGUUUACUUGAGAAUGCCAAGGUAAUAUGGUGUUAAGAGAAAGAGCACUAGAAUUGGGAGUCAGGAGACCUGGGUUCAAAUCCAGAGUCUGACAUUAAUUUUAUGACUUGGAAAAUUACAUGCUCUCUUCGAGCCUCAUUUUCCUCAUCAAAAAAUUGAGAUAAUACUUGUAAUACCUGCUUCUCACUGUGGUUAUAGGGAAGAUUCUUUGCUAGACUGGUAAAGCUGCUACAUGAAUAUUCAAAAGCAGUUUUAUAGGGGUACUGGAACUGGUACUAUUUCUCCAUUUACUGAGUACUGGGGUGAGGGAAAACAUUUUGGCAUUCUGAUCAUUGUUCUACUCUUUCAGGAAGAUACACUUAAGUGCUUACAGUGUAAUUGAACUUUUUUCUUUUAAUCAAAGGAUAUUGUGGAUGAUUUGUACCAAAAAGUUUAAUACUAGGAUUUCACAUCCUUUGUAUUAAUGUGUUUUUAGUCUAUUUUUAUAGUGAGUAGCAUAGUUUAAAAGUGAUCUGAGCCAGAAAUCAGGAAACCUGGAUAAUAUAUAGUGAUAUGAGUCACUGCAUUUUAAAGUCUUAAACUUUUAAAGCAAUUCCUCAUCUGCCAAUUAUCCUUUUCUACUUUUAUUUUCUCUUAAGUAUGUGAUAUACUUGCAUACCAGGAGAGAUAAAUUUGGUUACCUAUCUGUUUUUUUUGGAAAUGACAUUAAACAUUCUUUUGUUAGUAUAGUAUGUGAAGUUAUACUAUAAAGACCUGAAUUUUUUAUCUGAAAUCAAAGUAGGGCUCUGUUUCUUGUAACGAAGUUGUGUUGGCAAAGAGAAAUGAAUUUUCUAUAGAAACUUGUUCAUUUUUGACUAGUCAAAAUAAUGUCUACUGUAUAGAUAUUUUUAUUUAUUUUCCUAACAUUCCCGUUCCUGAGUUUUUUGUUUGGUUUUAAAUGCUGCAAUUAUGGAAAACAUAGAUAAUUAAAGGCUGGAAACUAGGUUUAAGAAUCAUGGUCUAGCUUUAAACCCACAAAAUUUCGAACAUUGAAGCUGGAGCCCUGUGGGCCUAGUUAUUUCAGAUGUAAUUAACAGCAAUUGCAUGGAGUAAUAUUUAAGUUCAAUGAGUUGAAUUAAAGACCAUAUGUAGA